CCCGUACCCCACCCGGGGUAACCUGUGCAUGCCAGAGUGCAUGAAGCACUGGCAUUCCCCGGGUACAAGCAGCAGAGGCACAAAGCGUGUGUGCCACUGCUACUUGUCCCUGGAGAAACACACAUUCAUGCUCAUCUGGAUGUGGCCCAGGAUUCUAGAGAAUAGAGGGGCCCAUGGACAAGCUGGGACAACUUCCGACUCCUGUCUUUCCUAGGGUAGAAGAAGGAUGCACAUCCUUCAACCCUGCCUGUCUGGCUCUCUCCCUCACUGCAGACCUGCAGAAUAUCUACUGCUGGCUCCAUAAGAAAGCUCUCCUUGCCAUGGACGCCAUUGCCAACAUAGUACAGGAGCUGCAUGAGUAUUGGGAAACCCAUUUAUCUCGGAGAUUUCUGCCCAGGAGGCCCCCACUUCGCCAAAUUACUUCCUUGUCCAGUUUCUACCUGCUGGACCACAGGACCCGGCAGAUGGAACUAGGUUUGGAUUAUGGCCUGCCACAGGCUCAGCUGAGCAAUGUGAAGUUUGUCUUCCAGGAUGGCAAAUGGCAGAGUGAAGGCAGCCCUACCCAUCAGCUUCCAUUUCGGCAAUUAUUCCCCUCCUCUGGCCAAGAGCAGUCCAACAAGGUCCUCAAGAAGGAGAACAAGACCCUUCUGGAGGAGAACAAUUACCUGAAGUUGCAGCUUGAGUUGUUAAUGGACAUGCUGACAGAGACCACGGCUCAACUACACACUGUGGAGAAAAAGCUGGAUGCCUCUGCCUGGCAGGCAAAGAUGAAGAAACCGGACAAGGUGCUGAUGCUUAAGUACUAGUGGGAAUCUUUGGUGCAAGACCUGGGAGUCUGCACUUGCUGAAAUAGAUGCAUAUCUGCCUUCUUGCUUCCAGAAGCUUAAUAAAGCCCUGAAUCAGAUCAA